CGGCGCGCUCUUUUACACCCUUCCCCUCCCCCUUGGGUUCCAGACUUGGGAGAAGUAAACAGCGGGUGGAGGAGGCCUACGGACCCAGGCCAGGCCCUCAUCGCCCGCUUCUCAGGCGGGAGCAUGCUGAGGCUCUGGGGGCAGCGGCUCCCCUCGGUGUGGGUCCUGCUCCUGCUACCGUUCCUGCCGCUGCUGCUGCCCGCGGUCCCCGCGCCGCACCGCUCUUCCUACAAGCCGGUCAUCGUGGUGCACGGGCUCUUCGACAGUUCGUACAGCUUCCGCCACCUGCUGGAAUACAUCAACGAGACACACCCCGGGACUGUGGUGACAGUGCUCGAUCUCUUCGAUGGGAGAGAGAGUUUACGGCCCCUGUGGGAACAGGUGCAAGGGUUCCGAGAGGCUGUGGUCCCCAUCAUGGCAAAGGCCCCGCAAGGGGUACAUCUCGUCUGCUACUCGCAGGGGGGUCUCGUGUGCCGGGCACUGCUCUCUGUCAUGGAUGAUCACAAUGUGGAUUCUUUCAUUUCCCUCUCCUCUCCACAGAUGGGACAGUAUGGAGACACAGACUAUUUGAAGUGGCUGUUUCCCACCUCCAUGAGGUCUAACCUGUAUCGGAUCUGCUAUAGCCCCUGGGGCCAGGAAUUCUCCAUCUGCAACUACUGGCACGACCCCCAUCAUGAUGACUUGUACCUCAAUGCCAGCAGCUUCCUGGCUCUGAUUAAUGGGGAAAGAGACCAUCCCAAUGCCACUGCUUGGCGGAAGAAUUUUCUUCGUGUGGGCCGCCUGGUGCUGAUUGGAGGCCCUGAUGAUGGUGUUAUUACUCCUUGGCAGUCCAGCUUUUUUGGUUUCUACGAUGCAAAUGAGACGGUCUUGGAGAUGGAGGAGCAGCUGGUUUAUCUGCGGGAUUCUUUUGGGUUGAAGACUCUUUUGUCUCGGGGGGCCAUAGUGAGGUGUCCAAUGGCUGGGAUCUCCCACACGGCCUGGCACUCCAACCGCACGCUGUAUGAGACCUGCAUUGAACCUUGGCUUUCCUGAGGACAUCCUCAGGGGUCCCCAGGAACACUCUAGCCCAGAGACCAAGUGGUGGCCUUGGAAAGCAGAUGUCAGGUUCUGGUGUGCCUGUGACCACCUCAUUGCUCCCACACUGCCCCCCACCAACCAGGGCUCCCAGAACUCUCCUUCUAUGUUCCUCUGUGAAUGACAAGUCCUGGUCUCCCCUACCUCAUGUCCUCUCGUUUGGGGGAUUGCUCCAUGCUCUCUCUUUUUCCCAAGGCUGAGGCUGGGAAAUGAGAAACCAGGUUUUUAACUUGUGGCUGCUCCUGCUGCUGCUGUUCCUCUGUAUCUGGCUCUACAGGAGGAGAACUCAGCCCCUGCCCACCACAGGGGUCUCCUUCCAGGCCGCUCAGGACAUUUUUAGCUUCUGUUCUUCUCAUGUUCCUUUUUUUCUCUGAACUCCCCUGUUGUCAGCCCUCCCAACCCCCAAGAGGGACUACCCAUGGGGGUGGGGUUCUGAGGCUCCCCUGUGGGGACAGUUCCGUUCUUGAAGUGUCAGUGUUGGGGAAUAUCUGUGGCCUGUGAGGCCCAUCUCAGGUUUGGGGAUCCCCCAGUCCCUAUGAUCAGUGUUGGGGUACCCCCUGGGAGCCUAGUUUGAGGCCCCAGCCCCUCUUUUAACUACUCUUGAAUGGGUGUUACCCCUGUAUUUAUGGAAAUAAAGUUCCAUUUCCUCAGUG